AUGGCUUCAAGGCCAGGUACACGUGCAGUACGCGGAGUAACUUCUAAAAAGAAGCUUGACAUAGAUCAAGCCGCUGUCUUUCAGCGAGCAGGUCAAAAUGCCUACAGAGUUGGUGAUCUCCAAGGAGCCCUGCGGUCCUUCAGCCAGGCAUUGGCGUUAAAUGAUGAAGAUGCUAGCAUUCUGGAUAAUCGCGCCGCUACAUAUUGCAAGCUGAAACUAUUCAGCCAGGCCCGUACGGAUGCUAGAGCUAUGGUCAAGCUUACACCCAAUGAUGACCGUGGAUACCUGCGAUUAGCCAAGGUCCUAUGUCAAGAUGGGAACUUUGACAAGGCCCGAGAAAUCUACGAAUAUGCCCUCAAGAAACUUCCAGCCGAUCACUCAGGCCGCAAGCUCCUCACGCAGUUGCUCAAGAAACUGCAGGAUAAGCUUGCCGGAGGAAACAGGCGCGACCCAUUUACGGUCCUGCCACUAGAGAUUGCCGUACUCACGCUUCAGUGCUUUUCCUUCAAGCAGAUCGUGGCGAUCCUACGCGUCUGCAAAGGAUGGCACAGAUUCCUAAGCGGUCUUUCCAGCCUCUGGAUGCAUGUUGAUCUCACUGGAGCUAGAUCUCGUGUACCUUGGACGUCUGUCCGAAACUACAUCCAUCGAUCGCGAGCGCAGUUGACAAAUGCCACCAUUGCAAAUCUUGUCCCCUCUACUACGCCUAAGGUGCUCGACAUGCUAAGUAGAUGCACCGCCCUAGAACACCUGGAGUGGAUGGUUCCCCACGAUCAGCCCAAAGAGUUUUACCUGAAAAUCAAAGAUUUUCGACAACUAAAGAGUAUCGUCUGUGGAGCAAAUAUUAGCCUGUCACACGCAUGCGUUGGGAGCAUUCUAUCCACUCUCUCGAAACUUGAGAAGGCUGCGUUUUUCCAUGUUUGGGAUUUUCCAACCGGGGGGCCGCGACCCACGCCGACGUGGCCUCAACAUCUUCCAAAUAUGAAGAGUCUGACUAUUUCGUCUCCACAAGCAAAUCCCCGAGUCUUGAGCUUUCCGGAUGUAAUUUCAGGGUUGGGAUCGUCUGUAUAUCCCAAUCUAGAGGAGUUUCGGCUGCUCUGGGGCCCCUCGCGACCACAUUCAUACCGUUUUGAUCCGGUGCAGGAAGAGCAGCAUCUUCCCCCGCUCCGUACACUAGAACUUUGGGGCGCGGCUGUCCUAAAUACUUUUUAUUCAAUCCUUCCAACUAGCCUCGAGACUUUACGCUUGUUUUCAGGGUCCAUCGAUCCCCCUCGCGUUGGGAAUUUUAUGUUACCGGGAGAUCAUGGACUCCCAAGCCUGAAGACCUUGAUAUUCCAUGACACCCCAUGGGUCAACCACUCCACGCUCUCCGUGUUCCUACUUCAUUCCAAGGCUCCUCUCCGAACCCUUCACGUGAACCUUUGCCACAACAUCAGUAGUGAACAGUUCAUUCAUCUCCUCCUCGACCCCGAAGGAGCGAAUCCAGAAUUGAGAGAAUUAACUGAAGUGGGAGUCGCCGGCAUGGCUGGCCUGGACGAUGACAAUGUUGGAAAACUGUGGGCAGUAUUGCCAAACCUGAGAAUUCUCGACUUAUCGCAGACAAGAAUUAGCGGCUGUGCCAUCCGCAUGUUCGCGGAUGCCCGUAAUGAUGAAUUGCCCGGCGCAAAUCUCGAGGGAUUGGUCAUAAGAGGAUGUGACAAUGUGUCUCGUGAUGCUAUUGACUAUGGACGGCAAAUGGGACUUAAUAUUGUCACCUAA